GUCGUCAGUGCAGAAGGCGAGGUGCGCGGCAUCUGCUAUCCACCGAGCUGGGUGCUGAAUCCGCUCCGACUGAACGCCGUCGACCGGAACAUCGGUGGAAUCGUCGGCGCCGCCAGUGGCGAUCGUCACGGCGUCGAGUCCUACUCAUCUUCACGGCGUCACUAUUCUCCUGGCGGCCCAUCUUCUCGUCACAGUGGGCCCCAGGUGCAUACCGGCGAGCGGACCGUUACUGCGAGACAACCGAAAGGUCGACGCAAGAGUCGAUCAGUCGGUCUUGAGCUCGAGAACAGGGAGCAGGACGUCGACGAGAGUGGCGAACUCCGCGUUGAGUCGUUGAGGCACGGUGCGAUUGGUUUACGUCGCGGCUCGGCCUCCAGACUUCGCUCGGCUGGCCCGACGGUGCGAACGUCACGCUCCAUUCUUCCCACCGUCCGUUUGAGGCAACAGGAGAUCUUCAAGUGCGGUCAUCCGAUCACAAACAUGGGCUUGCCGGUCUGUGCUGAGGUGGGUCACCGAUGCGGAAACUGUCAAACACUUUCGAGGCUGUAG